AAUAGAAAAGGAAAAAAGAACAACUACUAAAAACGUUGCCAACAUUUGGAUAAACCUGCUUGCAACGCGAUUUUUUUCUGAAAAAUGUGCUUUGAACAAAGAAGAAUGGCUGACUCGAAUUCUAUUUCUGAUUCACCCCCAACUAAUGCUCAAGAUGUUCGGUGUCGCUGUGUCAGUUGUUGUGAACUGUAUCAUUGGUGCUGUUGUGUACACCCCUAAGCUGCCCACGGGGAAGGUGUGGAUGCGACGAACACACCCUGGCAAGACAGCUGAACAAAUUGGACAGGACAGUGCUAUACCCAUGGGACUCAGCGUUGUGGCAACGGCCACCAUGAGCCUUCUUUUGCGCUUUAUUUUGAUAGAUUUUUUCAAAGUGAAGGUGGCCCUGGAUGCUGUUAAGUUUGCAGUUGGUCUCUCCUGCCUGGUGACUUUACUAGAGGUUCCCCAUACCCUGUUUUCAAAACGAUCUGUUGAUGCUUUCAUCGUCGACCAGCUACACAACAUUGCCACUAUGACCGCAGCUGCUGCCUGCAUUUUUUACUUUGGAUAAUGCCUUCUUUGCAAAGAUCUGUUCUAAAUAUUUUUACUCCAUGUUUACCGGUAUUCUGGAAUAGUUAUUCCUGUUAUCUGCUUUUUUGGCCUUGUAACUUAUCCUGUCUCUGCAUAAGUGUGUCUCUACAGUCUGUCAUAUUUGCUACCUUGUAUUAUGCUAUAACAUGUUCUUCCACUUUCCUAAUAAUGUUAUAGACUUGCCAGUAGGGAUUUUUACUGAAGUUUCUUUGCGGUAUUUUUACUCAGGUCAUUGAUGUCUUUGAGACAACACUGCCACACUAUUCUUUUUAUGUAAUAUAUGGAUCAAAACAUGUUAGUUUUACCGUUUUAAAGUGUCUUUACCUAUUUGAAUGCAAUGUUAACUUUCCUGUUAUAUUUUUUCCCGAGCUAAGUGUGGGGGUCUAUUCACUGUGCAUGGCGCAGUGAUUCAGCUCUUGAUCUUGUAUUUCAGAACUUUAGAAUUCAGCCAUUGCUUGGAAUUUCACUGUACUCUUUUUUAAAGGAAGUUCUGUGAGACUUUCUGAAACUGACUCUUUCUUUUAUCAGAGAUGGAUGUUGAAAAAACAUAGGUGUUGCCUCUUACGUGUUAGCUGUUUGUGAAGGAAGGAACUUUUAGAAAGUCAACAUCAAAUCCAUAGAUCAAAGAGUUUCCACUUUUUUCUCCUUUAACAUUAGAAAAAGAUUUAGUACACUGAAGCUGUGAAAUUCGAAGUGAUGUUUAAUUUCAAUAUGUUUAGUUCGAUUUAAGUGAAGUUUAAAAAAAAAAUAAUUUUGUGACUUUCAUUUUGCCUUCUAUUUAUAUCUGUGAGGGAACUUAGUUUUAAUUUGAAUGCAAUUUCAUAAGCCCACGAUUUAUUCCUCUUGGUAAACAGUAGUAUUUGCUCAGGAAUGUAUAUAGACAUUUUUAAAAAUAACAUCCCCCCCCCCCCAAAAAAAAAA